AUGGCCUCGUCUGAAAUUCCACCCACGGACCAGUCCGUACCCGUGCCCUUCAUGCCUGUUGGCCCAUCACAAGGCGCACCGCCACAGUCCUUGGCAAGCGCAGCCCUCACCUGUGCACCUGGACCAGCUUCCGGAGUCUACUACGACCCCGCAGCCGCUUCACGUGCCCGUCCAGAUUUGACGCCGCGUGGAAACAGUUUGCCUCAUGCUGGUGCCGCACCCCUGACCAGCCCCUACACCAUGCCCCACGCCAAUGCGACACCCCUGGGUUACGCGCCGCCCCUGGGCACUCAACCCAUGCCUCCCCAUGCGCACCUGACGCUAACUCCGGGGCGUGGCGUCAAUGAUAUCACACCACUUGCUCACGACUAUUCCGACGUCUACAGCGCCAUGACCACGCCACACCAACCAGCUGCAACACCAUCCACCACCACAAGUCGGGACCGAGCACCGCGCUCUGAAAAGUCCCUGCACCUCCUCACGACCAGAUUUAUCGAUCUAUUGCAAAACACACCGGGCGGCAGCCUGGACCUCAAAGACGCGGCUGAAAAGCUUGAUAUGCGCCAAAAGCGCCGCAUCUAUGAUAUUACCAACGUUCUCGAGGGUGUUGGCCUCGUUGAAAAGACCAACAAGAACGUCGUUCGCUGGCGGCAUGAUCCUUCCUCCGACUCAUCCUCGAGCAACGCCCAAACCCGGGCCGUCCAAGAGGAGAUUGCGAGCUUGGAUGCAGAAAUACAGUCCCUUGAGCGCUUGACCCACGUGAUGCAGGAUCGACUGCGCAAUGCCGUGGACGAAGUCGAAGACCCCAAGCUCAAGGCCCUACCCUACCGAGACAUUUGUAAAGCCAAGGGCCUGCAAGACCAGACCCACUUUGCCAUUCGUGCGGAACGUGGUGCUACCAUGACCGUUCCGGAACCCCAACCGAUCGACAAUCAGCGCACACAAUACUGCCUUUACUUGCGUGGGAAUGCUGGUAGCAUCAAGGCAUUCCUGGUAGUGGAUAAGGGCAAUGGGUCUGACGAAGAGCAACCAUCUACGCAGCCUGAAUCUCAAGCCACUAGCAUUGUCGCCGCACCUGGCAGCACUCAUGACACCAGUGGUCCCAAUGCAAGUGACCGUGCAGCACCUGCGCCCAAACGUGCCAAGCAGGCGGAUAUCAUGUAUGUCAAUCCCCCUCAGAGUCAAGCUCCUUACACAUUUGGCGUCCGCGAAACCGACACCGUCGAUGAGUACUUUCGCUAA